CCGCCGCUGCUCCGACGCCGCCACACCGCCAGCCGACAUGGUCCCCGCCACACACGCCGCCCCGCUGUUGCUGUCACUGCUGCUCCUGUCGGGGGCGGCGCGCGCCCAGCACGGCCCCGGCGGCGACCCUGGCGCCGGUCCUGCCCCCGGCCAGGACGCAGCGCGCGCGCCACCGCCGCCCGCCAUCCUGCUGCACCGCCAGGCACUCACCACGGACGGCGCCUUCAACUUUGCGUUCCGCGCUGAGAACGGCCUGCAGCAGGGCGAGAGCAUUGCGCCCGACGGCAGCCGCCGCGGGGCCUACUCUUACGUCGACCCUAACGGCCGGACCAUCAGCGUGCGUUACACAGCCGGCAAGGACGGCUUCAAGGUGCUGGAAGGUGAGCCAUCACCUGGUGCUGCUGCACCACCUCAGCAGUUGCAGGCUCGACCACAGCCUCAGCUGGCAUACCAGCAGCAGCCACAACCACAACUGGCCUAUCAGCCACAGCCACAACUGCGGCCUCAACCACAGCUGGCAUACCAGCCCCAGCCACAGCCACAGGCGCAGCUUGCAUACCGUCAGCCACAGCAGCCAGCAGUCUACCAGACAGCAGCUGCAACACCAAGGCCUCCACCGUCUCCAGCAGCUUACCAACCAGCUGUACGUGCACAACCUCUGCCGUACCCACAGCCUGUGCAGCAUGCACAGCCUCCAUAUCAGGUCCAAGUAACCCCACGUCCAGCACCUGCUGCUCCCCAGGGCAGUUUGGGCCUCUUCCGCUCAACUGCUCCAGCUACAUUUCCACAGCAGCAGCACCAACAACAGGCACCACAACUACAGCAGACACCCAUAGAGGAACCCCAGGAGGAACAGGACAAUGGUCCUCACAGCUUUGGACAGGGAUACUCAUUUGAGUUUCAGGGAUAAGUGAUGGGUUGUUAACAGUCUGACAUUAUAUUGAAGUGCAACAUAUGUGUUUGUGUGUGUGUGUGUGUGUGUGUGUGUGUGUGUGUGUGUCUGUCUGUGUUUGUGUGCGCGCAUGUGCACGAAUUAACAUGUGUGUCUGUAUAUAUAUGUACAUGCAUUUGUCCGUUAAGUGGAAAAAUGGGACAUAAAUUUCAAAAUUGUGUCUAUUUGUUCACCUGGCUGGAAUGGAAAAUACCAUAACUCAUAUUUUAAAUUUUAUUAUGUU